AUGCAAGUCUUUUUGGGCAACCAGGAGCACAAACACAGCCUGCAGCUACGGGUGGAGGUUUAUUUGGAACGCAACCACAGCAGCCAGCGACCGGCGGUGGGUUGUUUGGAAACACGCAACCGCAAAACACCUCCACGGGUGGUGGCCUCUUCGGUAGCACCACCGCACAACAACCAGCGAACACAGGCGGCGGCUUGUUCGGAAGCACGCAGCCAGCCGCACAAAAUACUGGCGGAGGACUGUUCGGCGGUCAACCGGCGCAGCCACAAAACACAGGUGGAGGAUUGUUCGGGGGCCAACCAGCACAAAAUACCGGCGGAGGAUUGUUCGGUAGUCAGCCAGCACCGGCACAAAACACUGGUGGAGGGCUCUUCGGCAACAGCGCCGGUGGCAGCAUUUUCGGGGGCAGAUAGCUACUUACCCAAGCCGUCCUACUUGACGUCAUGA